AUGCUACCCGCAGUCAUCCGGCCCUCGAGGGCGGAGAUAGAAGGCUUAACUCUCAACUCCAGGAACCUUGAAAUUGCUGUGCGUCACAUGCAUGAAGAUGGCCUGGUAGUCGUCCAGGAUGUUGUCCCGCAUGAGCACCUCGACUUCCUCAACUGGAAGAUGGUCCAUGAUGCUCAAGUUCUUCAAGAUCGUGGCGAGAAUGGCCCAUUCAACUAUAACAAGGGCAACAUACAACAAGAUGCGCCACCCGUGGCUGAGUACUUCUUCUCGUCCAUCUUUGCGAACCCAAUAGCAACGCAGAUAACAUCUGCCGUGCUAGGGCCACGCCCAAAAUGGACAUUCUGCUCGGCAAAUUCAGCUAUGCCAACUCUUCCUGGCGAAUGGCCCCAGAGACAACCUGUUCAUUCUGAUGCCGACUUUGCUCACCCAGCCCACCCGUUUGCCCUCGUGCUGAAUGUUCCCCUCGUCACCACGACACCAGAGAAUGGGUCCACGGAGAUUUGGCUUGGUACUCAUUCCAAAUCCGGAGUCGAGGCGCAGGAGGGUUCUCACGGCGAGCGUACGAGUGGUCGCAUCAACGAGGGACUUCUUCACCAGCGACGGGAGGUGGCACCCCCAGUGCAGCCCGUCAUCAAGAAAGGCAGCAUUGUUAUCCGUGAUCUCAGAUUAUGGCACGCAGGGAUGCCAAACUCAACUCGAGAUAUUCGCGUCAUGCUGGCAAUGAUUCACUUUGCGCCAUGGUACCGGAACAAAAUGAGGCUUCAAUUUGGCGAGGAUAUUAAACCGGUGCUGGAUACCCUCGAGCGGGAGGGGAAAUUGGGGCUGGAGGUGCCAGUUGACUGGUUGGAUAGCAAGGAGGCGAUGGGCAGUUACUUGGACAGGGGAUUUGGGAACAGCUAUGACUUUGACCAAGAGCAUUGA